AUGGGCGGCGGCGGCGCGCCGUACCCAUGCGAGACCCGAGUGGAUGAGCACGUACGCCAGAAAAUGGCCUCGUUGCCAAUCCCCGACGAUCUCGUAGCGGACAUCUUCCUUCGCCUACCCACGCCAGCCGACCUCAUCCGCGCCGCCGUCGGCUGCAUCUCCUUCCACAACAUCAUCACCAACCGCUCCUUCCUCCGCCGUUUCCGCAAACUCCACAACCCGCCCCUCCUCGGGUUCCUCGACAAUCAUCGAGUCUUCCACCCUGCCAGCCCGCCUCACCCCUCUGCGCCGGCAGCCAGUGCCGUCGCUGUUGCUGCUGACUUUUCCUUCUCUUUCCUUCCUGGCGCCAGCCACGACUGGGCCAUCCAGGACAUCCGCGAUGGCCGUGUCCUCCUCAACAAAAUCCAUGAGGUUGGUAUCGGUCAGAAGAAGGGAAUCUUCGAUGAGAUGGUGGUGUGCGACCCCCUGCACCGACGGUAUCUCCUGCUCCCGCCAAUCCCCGAGGAUCUAGUAAAUCCAGUGGAGGAUCCACACUUUACGGAAGAGGCAUAUUGUUUGUACCAGAUCUUCCUUUUGCCUCCCUGCGACAAUGAUGAGGAGGCAACAGCUGUGGAAGAGACGUCAUUUAGAGUGGUUUUGAUGGUAUGGUGUGAAACUACGAUGGUUGCCUUUGUCUUCUCUUCUAGUACGAGACAAUGGCGAGCCAUUCCAUCCCUGGGCUGGGAUACUAUAGUUGCUAACUUGCCACUGAGAGCGUAUUGUCUCUUCGCCGCACGCCAAUACGCGUAUGGCUGUUUCUACUGGAUGUUACAUUUUUGCAAGAAAAUAUUGGUGCUUGACACUUGGAAGAUGGAGUUCUACAUUGCUAACCCCCCACCUCAAGCAAUAUGUUUAUCUUUUCUGGAUAUAGUCAUUGUGGAGGCAGGGGAAGGUAGAGUUGGGAUGUUUGUGCCAGGAGUAGGCAGAAAUGGACUUGAGUUCUAUACAAUGUGGAGAAACAAUGGUGGGACUUACAUGCAGUGGAAGUUGGAGAAGACGAUCUCAGUUCAUUUUUUGCACUACUCUGCGGGUUCAAAUGGGAAACACUUGUUCAUAUAUGAUGUGGAAAUCCCGUCGGUUGGCUAUGGUUGUUUCUCACUAGACAUCAAGACAUUCCAGCUUAAAAGGGUGUGUUCUUCAAAGACAUGGAUCCCUAAUCCGCUUGCAUAUAGCAACUUUCCACCAUCAAUUUUGGCAUCACCAACAAUAGCAAGUGGUACUCAGGAAGGUGAGAAGGAGAUGCUGGAACAAGGCGCGAAAACGCAGCAAGCUGAAGAACAUGUGGACAGCCAGCAUGGUGGGAGCACCAGUGAUGGUGUUGAUGCUGGAGGUCACCCUGGCAUGCCGAGGAUCAGAGAUGGCGCUGAUUGA